CCACACAACAGCAGCAGGAGCAACCCAUUAUUACAUAGCCACCAUUGGACGAUGACCAAUACCCUGGAGAUGAUGCAACAAUGGAGAAGGACACUAAAGAGCAUAAUUUGGAGGUUGAGUUAGAUGCUGAGUUUGCUGUGCUUGAUCUUGAGUUAGACGCUCAGUUGGAGGAGGAGCUAUCAUGUGCUAUCCCAAAGAUAGGACGUGGCAUGGAUAAAGGAGAUGAUGCUCCUGCAGACCCGAGUCAAAGGAAGCUGCUUAGCCUAAAUCGUCGAGGCACAUUCAACCAUGAGAGGUUUGGGAGGACUACAAUAGUAAUAUGGAAGUACUUAUAUGAUGAGCCAAUGUUUUUCUGGUCUAGUUGGCCUGAGGAAAAGAAGAGGAUUGCUUGGGAGAAUUUUCAAGUAUGAAAAUUAUAGAAUAAAAUGAAGAUAUAUUUGGUUUGCAGUGAUUACUAAUAAGUUUUAUAGAAUUUUAGUAAAUCUUGCUUUUGGACAAGUUUUUGAAGUUUUGCUUAAGGUUUAUGUGAAAGUGACAUCAAUUCAUAGAAGCAUGUUUUAGAUUAAUUCAUAUAAGCAUUUUGUUAUUUUUUAUUUUCCUUCUCGGAUCAAUGGUGGUGAAUAUGGAAUGGUCAUUUUCUUGUUGCUGGAUUAUGUUUUGUUUCCAUGAUCGAAUUUCAUUUUGAGUAAAUUGGUUAUGAAGUA